AUGUUCGAAUUCAACUCAAAAAUCCUAAAUUACUCAGUGUUUUCCAGUUUUGAAUUUUCAAAUUUGCAAUCCGAUAUAAUAGAACAUUUCUUAGAAUCAGUAGAAGAUGAUGUGAAACAAGUAAUACAUACAAUCAAAAUCUGCCAUUGUGAAAUUACUGAUGCACCAGAAGUUAUAAUAAAUGAUUAUCCAAAUUUGGAAACAUUGGAUUUACAAGACAACAAUUUAGAUAAUAUAAAUUUUAUAUCGAAACUUCCAAACAGCAUAAAAGAGCUUUAUUUAGGUCAGAACAAGAUAUCGACAGUGUCGGACGUAUUUUUUAAUUUAAAGGAUCUAGAAGUGGUGGAUUUAAGUGGAUGUGACAUUGAGAGUCUUAACUUCAUGGUAUUUAAAGAUAAUGGAAAGUUACUUGUGCUUAAUGUGUCUCACAACAAAAUUGAAUCUUCAGAAUCUGAAGAAUAUUUAAAAAAUAUUAAGUGUGUUGAUUUUAGUUACAACAAACUAACAAAAUACUCUAAUAUACCUUCGUUGUGUUUAGAUUUUAGCUACACAAAUUUGUCAGGAUAUCAUUGGUUCAAUAUUAGUGCAGAAAACCAGACAGUUUUGAUUGAGAAAUUUUAUUUUUCUGGAAAUAGUAGAUUAAAAUUAAGAGCAACUAAUAUAAAAAACGAUUCUUUACCAUUAGUAAUUAAAUUUUUCAAUAUCUCAAACUUCCAAGGUGAUGUAUCUGAUUUAGAAUUAGAAAAUGUUAAAGUACGUAAAUAUUUAUCUUUGAAAGAUUCUAAAAAAGUAAUUUUGGAUAAAUCUACAUUUGAUUUUAAGUUAUUAUUUUUUUCUGAAGGCACAAAUGCUACUUUCGAUCUAUCAAAUUGUUCUAUUGAUGAUAUUCCUAAUAACUAUUUUGAAGAAUAUAAUUUGGGAAGACUAAAUCUUUGUUAUAACAACUUUCCUAAUUUAAAAGAAAAUUUAUUUAAAAACGCAUACAUAGUAGAACUAGAUUUGUGUAAAAGUAAUAUAAAAGAUGUUGAUAACAACACGUUUUCUGGAUUACACGUGCAUUUGCUUAAUUUAUCAAAAAAUAAAUUACAAAAUUUGACAUUUUUGAAAUCAAUAGAAACAGUGCGUUUUGUAGAUUUAUCAGAAAAUAAUAUAAAAAUUCUUACUCCCAACCAAUUUUUUAACAUAAAAAAUUUAGAAGUACUGGAAUUAAGUAAUAAUGAAAUUAUUUCGUUAGAAAAGAACGUUUUUAAUAAUAAUCUGCAAGUAUUAAAAUUAAAUGGUAAUAAAAUUUCUGAAAUUAAAAACGGAACAUUUUACAAACUAACAAAUUUAAGAGAAUUGUAUUUAGAUGACAAUCCUAUAAUAUUUGUUGAUAAUAAUGCUUUUGAAAAUUUACCAAUUUUAGAAGUUUUAAGUAUGGCUACAACAGAAGUGUACGUUUUAAAACCUUAUGCCAUUAAAAAUGUUAACAGUCUUAAAAAGGUUUAUUUUAAAGCUACCGUAUCUAUAUGGAAAAUACUGAUGGAAUAG